AUGUCUUCCAGAUCUCGAGUUUGCGAAAAACUGAGCGUCCUUCUCUUGGCAAGCGAGUGGGGCUCCUCUCAAGGAGGCCUCUCUACAAUGAAUAGAUCAUUAGCCAUAUACUUGGCUAAGCAACCAAAUGUAGCAGUUAGCUUCCUUGUUCCAAGCUGUAGUGAAGAAGACAAGAGAAUGUCUCGUAACCACAAAGUUAUGAUAUUUGAAGCACAACAACGGCCCGGGUUCGACCCAAUUGACUGCUUGACAUUCCCACGGAAGGACAUAAAGAUUGACGUAGUCAUUGGUCACGGUGUGAAACUUGGAAAACAAGCGCAGGUAAUUCGGGAAAGCCACAACUGUAAGUGGGUCCAAGUUGUGCAUACAGCUCCCGAAGAGCUCGCCAUGUUCAAAACAUACUCUGGUGCAAUCUCCAGAGGUGAAGCAAAGUAUUCUACUGAAGUAAAACUGUGUGAAAUGGCUGAUGUUGUGGUAGCAGUAGGACCCAAAUUGUUUGAAGUGUACUCAGCCUACCUUAGCUCGUCCCAAAAAUUUGUUUUCAAUCUUACGCCAGGAAUUUUUACAGAAUUAUGUCAUUUAAAGAGAUCUUCUCUAGAUGGUAACAAGUUUCGGAUAUUAGUAUUUGGGCGAGGGGACUCUGAAGAUUUCGAGCUCAAAGGAUUCGACAUCGCUGCAGAGUGA